AUUUACACGAUUCCUUUGUGGAACACUGGAAAGGAAUUACAAACUAUUACAUAGAAACCUCUGAUGAAACAACCCCGGCUAAGCAGACAGACAUCCCAUGGCGCCUGAAACAGAUGCUGGAUAUUUUGAUUUAUGAGGAGCAACAUCAGGAGGAAACAGGCCCUUGCAUGGAGUAUCUGUUGCAGCACAAGCUCCUGGAGACUCUCGGUACAUUAGGCAAAGCACAGUAUCCUCCAGGAAUGAACCAGCAGGUCCUCAUAUUCUUCACAAAGCUCUUGGGACAGAUUCAGCAGCCAAUGCUUCAUAUCAUCAAUGUGUACAGACCGACACAGAAGCUAAUUCGACAGUGUGGCAUUCUUCCAGGAUCACAGUUGGAGAAAGAGGAAGUCCAGUUUCUAUAUGUGAUUUGCAAUAAACUGAAACAGGAUCCGUACCUCCUUAAUUACAUUCUUGAGAAAAGCAAAAUUGCACUAAAAUCCUCUGAAGCCCUGCUGCUAUUGGUCGGUAUACCAAAGCAAGAGACAGCCAGUUACCUGACUGAGAGCACUGCACUUUGCCAGCUGGUCACAGACAGGCUCUGUGAGCUCUACAGCCAGGUCCCUACCUCUAUAGACCCUGCGGAUGUGGAGACAGUUGAGAGGGUUUCCUGGAGAGGCCAGUUUUCAAAACGUUGCGCAGAAGACCCUGCUGUGUAUCCAGGGAGAGAGCACCUUGAGGCGUUUUUACUGUGGGUAGAUUACUGUGAUCACCUUCUCAAAGAAGCUCAUAGGUUACUUGCUUCAAGUUUGGCAAAAGCAAUACAUCAAAGAUGGCUUAUUGCAGUAAUACAGCCACAACUUCUGCAAAUGUCAGAAAUUGGGGUGCUGAUCACCACAAUGCUAUUAACCUUGGUAGUGCGUCAGAUCUCGUCUCCCAUGAUGUUAGAAGAGGUGGUUUUCUUUUUAUUAGGAGAUCAGAGAGCGCCUGAGCUUCCCAUGGACAGUGAAAGCCAUGUAUUACGAUAUCAUCUCAUAGAGCACUGUGACCACAUAUCUGAGGAGAUCAGUGUUGCAACACUGAGGUUAUUUGAGCAAUUGCUGCAGAAGCCCCAUGAGCACAUCAUCUUCAACCUGGUUCUGAGAAACCUGGAGCUGAGGAGCUAUAUUGCAGCUAGCAGCGCAUGUGGACUGGAAGACAGGCAUGCUGUGGCUCAUGAACAGCUGGAUGAUACAGAGGAGUUGGAAGAGGACCCCUUUUUCACAGACAUGUACCCUGAGAGUGGCUUCCAGGGCUCCGAACAACUGCUGUCUUUACCCCCCAGAGAAACAGCAGUGCGGCCCGCUGGAAACACAGGGGUCAAUGACAUUGUAAAUAGCUUUCUCUGUCUUGUUCCACAAGAAGCAAAAACUUCUCAAAAUGUACUUGAGUCAGGAUAUGAUACCUACGUGCGUGAUGCUCACACACUGUUUCAAGAUUGCACUUCCUACUCACGAGAAUGGGGCUGGCCACAAGAGGUGAGUCCACUAGAGUCAUCCACGCCUGCCUCCGACUUCUACGAAGGCCACUUCUUGAAAGUUCUGUUUGACAGACUCGCAAGGAUACUUGAUCAGCCUUAUGAAUUGAAUCUCCAGAUUACAUCAGUUGUAUCAAAGCUUGCUGUAUUUUCACAUCCUCACUUGCAUGAGUAUCUCUUGGACCCCUAUAUUAACUUGGCACCGGGAAGCAGAUCUCUGUUUUCAGUACUUGUGAGGGUAAUCGGAGACCUAAUGCAGAGAAUUCAGCACAUACCCAACUUCACUGGAAAGUUGCUGCUUGUCAGAGAACAGCUAAUAGGACUGGAGCCUGAAGCAAUGACGGAUCACCUGACACUGUUAAAGGGGGUUACAGUCCUGGAGGAGUUCUGCAAGGAAUUGGCAGCGAUAGCUUUUGUCAAAUACCCUGUGGAAGAACAAUAAGGCACAGCAUAGUGUGUAUGAGGUAUACAGGAAUUUCAUAUACUUCUACAAGAAAACAAGUAUACAGGAAAAAUAAAAUAGUACUGCAGGUUUGCAUUGACUAUGCAAGACUGUGUACAAAUUACAGGAGAGUUGUUUUACUGGUCCAAUUGCUCUAGUCAUUGUCCAUGUCUGUUGAAAACUUUGUUGUAGAUAAGCCAUGCUGAUGUAUGACACUGCUGUUGUUUUAUUUUUUUCUUGUUUUAAGUAUUUUAUGAUAUUUAUGUAAUCGCAGUAUUCUCUCUGUGUGUGUGUGUGUGUGUGUGUGUGUG